AUGAGAAUUGAAGAUACUAGCUAUGGCAAUAGCAAGCACCUUGGAUCGAUCUACAACCGCCUACAAGCCCUUGAAGGAUCAUCUCAUGCCAAUUACAAGAGAGAGAGGAGUCCAACACCCAACCACCCUCCCUUUUAUUGCAAUGCCAUCACAAGAAGAAGCACUACUCAAGUCCAUGAGGACAAUGAAGAAGAAGAAAGAGAGUAUGAGGAACAACUGAAUGAUGAAGAUGAAGAGCAGAGCAUCGACAUCAAUGCUUCCCCAAAACAGAGCAUGGAUACACCUAGCCCUAGAGACCCUCGUUUCUCACCACCACCAGAAGUCAAGCUUCUACACUUCCAAGAUUGGAAGCAAUGCAAAGACCAUCACCACCUACUGAAGAAGAAGAUACUUGGCAUUUGUCCAAACUCUUCCAGCCAGCAUGUCUUCCAACAAGCUUGGCGCCACUACCCAUUCACCACCUUCUUCCACAACUGCAAGAGAGACACCCAGGACAUCAAAGAGCUUUUUGAGAAAGCUAAAGUUCAGCCAACCUUCAAGACCCUCUACAAGAUUGAAGACCCAGGUCAAUUCUCUAUUCCCUGUCAAGUAAAUGGUCAUUACUUUGAUAGAACACUAUGCGAUUCUGGCUCUUGCAUAAACCUCAUGCCAACCCAAACCGCCAAACUCCUUGGCAUCACACGCUUGCAACCUGCUCAAAUUAGUAUUGGACUUGCUAACCAUACUAUAGCCAAGCCAAGAGGAGUUGCCGACCCUUUUUGGCCACUGCUGGAGCUGUCAUGGACCUUCCAAACAGGCGAAUCCUUAGCCAAUGUUGACAAGACAGUCUUUUACAAGACCAUACCAUUCAUCUCACCAAACAAGCUGUCUUACUUCAUCACUGCCCAAGGCCGCCCAAGAGAGCCACCAGACCACACUCAAGGUCACAAUGAGACAAGAACUAAAAGACUAUGUCUCAGGCCGUGCCCUUACCCCAUCUCCAACUAA